AUAAGUAAUAAAUAACCUACCAGAGGUAUAUUAUUGACAUCUUCACUUCAAUCGUUAAAGUUCAUUUAGGAGUCAUUUUUGGUUUUUCCCUUUCAACCUUUAUUUUGCUAGAUUAACUCCCAUUAUGGGGUUGUGAAUUCGGUUUGGUCAGAGUAAGCAAAUUCGUCACUUAUCAGUGGAAUGGAAGUGAUUUCGUCAAUGGUUUGUGGAGAUUACGUGACUUCCAUUCAUUGCUAGGACUGUUCAAUGGUUGCCCAGACUGUGAUCAUUAAUAUGAAUUAUAUAAACAAGUAAGUUUUCUGAAACACUUUAUUAAUUUACAUUGAUAUGUGCACCAAGAUUCGAUGCUGUGAAAAUCUUGUCAUUUUGUUUCUUCCUCACGCGAAGCUGUUAAGUUGUCGUCUGAUUCUCAAGGUGUCUGUUGUGAAUUUUGAAACUUUUCUUGUUCGCCUUCCUUCUUGACACUUCUAUUGUCAAAUCCCCGUUAUUAAACAUCUUCUCAAAUUCGUUACUACGCCUUACAUUACCGAAUAUAUUUCUUUAAAAAUAGAUAAUUUGUGACAUUACCAUUUCAAGAAUUCGGGAGUGGAUUAUCUUCUUUAACAGGGGCGGGGAUGGCAGUAGAGAACAUUGAUGUGUUUCAAAUCCCAAUGUCAUCUGAAAUUAUUUUGCCUUCACGUUUUUUCUGCCAUUCAUAUCGCAUUUUAUAGCUUCAUUCUCCAUUUACUUCGCUCUUGAUGCUUUUGUCUGACAUCAAGGAGAGACUCUUAUGCGAACAAUUAAUGGCUUUCUGAUCCAUCCGGAAAGAGAUUCCUUUCUGAAUAAAUUAUCUGGAACAUGUAGUCUGCGUGAACUUCGUCACUGAAAGCAAAACAUUAAAUAAAAUUCACCGGUGAACGUCUUUGUUAAAAAACUUUUUUAUGUGAUGGAUAAAUGAUUGUACGUGAUUCUCUCUUUAUUUCUUAGAGCACUUGUAAACCUCUGUAAGAAAACUCGAAGGCCAUUGCAAGUCUCUGUGAAUUCGAGAAGUGCUGGGUAAUACAUGGCAUACAACCUUUACAUUACUUGUAUUCUUCUCACUUUGAAAACUCUGAAUAGUGUCGUGUCUGUUGGAAUAUACAGCUGUCCAGCUCUUGGUCAUCUUCCAAAUCUAUCGAGUUAUUUCAAUGUAUUUGCGCAAAGAUCUUUAGUGAUGUAUCCGAUGAUAUAACUUGUAGAGGUUCAAAUAUACGACACUUUCCCGUCUUUUGGUUCCUUAAUCCCGAUCUUAUCUGAGAAGUCACGCACUCUGAACAGAAACAAUCUCUUCGUUACGUGUUUCUCUCACAUUGUUUCUUUUUACUCUAACAAGCACGCUCCUAUCGAGCUGUUACAUCGCCUCCCCAAUGCAACUCAAAUCAACCAUCACCCUCGCCGUGUCAGGGGUUAUCUCGGUGUAAGUUUCUUUCUUUGAGUCCUCAGUUUCUGUCAAAUCAUUCUAUUCGUUCAAGUCCCACACAUCUGAAAAGCCCCUUUUUUCUCUUCAGAGAAGACAUUGUUAUAUAACAACCGUACAGACUGAUCUCUCUGUAGAGGGUAAUUGGUUGUGAAUCGUCGUAACCGUCCACGGGGAUUCUACACGGAGUAGUUUCAUGUGGUACAGUCCUAAAUGCUAUUGUGUAUAAAAUGAACGAUGGACUCUGAAUUAGUGUAUUCGGUAAGUUUGAGAAGAGAAGCGUGGUUGUUGGUAACACAUCCUUCGACCACGUGUAAUGUUCAGUUGCCUCUUCAUACAUGUGAUUUGUUUUUAGGCAAUAUGUCUACUGUCUGUUGAAAAGGGCCAAUAUAGUCAGAUUUUCGGUUGUCCAUCCUAAAGCACUACUAUAGUAAGUUUGUCUGUUGUAUAUCCUAAAGGACCGAUAUAGGCAGUUUGUCUAUCCUAUAAAGGACUAAUAUAGUCAGUUUGUCUGUUGUCUAUCCUAAAGGACUAAUAUAGGCAGUUUGUCUGUUGUCUAUCCUAAAGGACCGAUAUAGGCAGUUUGUCUAUCCUAUAAAGGACUAAUAUAGUCAGUUUGUCUGUUGUCUAUCCUAAAGGACUAAUAUAGGCAGUUUGUCUGUUGUAUAUCCUAAAGGACCGAUAUAGGCAGUUUGUCUAUCCUAUAAAGGACUAAUAUAGUCAGUUUGUCUGUUGUCUAUCCUAAAGGACUAAAAUAGGCAGUUUGUCUGUUGUCUAUCUAAAGGACCGAUAUAGGCAGUUUGUCUAUCCUAUUAAGGACUAAUAUAGUCAGUUUGUCUGUUGUCUAUCUUAAAGGACCGAUAUAGGCAGUUUGUCUAUCCCAUAAAGGACUAAUAUAGUCAGUUUGUCUGUUGUCUAUCCUAAAGGACCGAUAUAGGUAGUUUGUCUAUCCCAUAAAGGACUAAUAUAGUCAGUUUCUCUGUUGUCUAUCCUAUAAAGGACUACUAUAGACAGUUUGUCUGUUGUCUAUCUUAAAAAACUAAUAUAGUCAGUUUAUUAUCCGAUGUUUUAUCGGAAUUGUUCUAUACCUCAUGAAAUAGCGUUCAGAUUAGAAAUUACGUAGUCUUUGAUAAUUCGUAUUAUACAUUUUGAAUAUCCGGCAAUUCAGUCUGACGUUGUUUAAUUCUUCAAGAGAGUUUGGAUUUGGCAACAGUGAUAUCUACCAUUCUACACAUUUCUUAAAAGUUUCGUAAAGUUACAGUAGUAAGUGUCCCUGUGAAUGGUAACCCCACAGGUGACCCAGUACUGCUGUGUGAUUCACUGCGGUCAAAUAUAAAAAAUUCAUUUCUCUCAUUGGUAUUUCAGUGUUAACGCGGCAUUUCUUACCAUUACAAUCAAUAUUUAAUGUUCUCUAUUUGUUUCCGAUUUCUGUGUACUAAAUGCAUAUACCUAUUACCAGAGCGGAAUGCUUUGAGAGAUUUGAGAAGGUCUGUUCGAGAGGUCAUUUCACCGCUUAUAAUAACCGAUAAUCAAUUAGUCAAUCUCGAACUUUAGCAUACAUUUUACAAGAAAAUCUGCUGUAGGUUUUGAUUGAUAAUAUGCUCAAAUAUUAUCAAUACAUCAAUGGUAUCUGCACUGAAGACAUGUCAAUCUAAGAGAAACCAUUGAUGACAAGCAUUGCGCGCCGAAUUUUACAGGCUGAAUUUAAAAUACUUUCACCUACAUUGUGUAUACAACAGAAAUGGCGUGAAAUCGCUGUAAGCAGUUAUUUAACAAACUCCAUUAUCUGCGACUUAGUGCAGUAUUGUGGAUGCACUCCUCUGUCACAAUGCUAUGUCAAUAUGUUAAUUUUUUCUCUACCUGCAGUCACGUGGUAUGUCUUACUCUGUGGGACGCUGUUCAGUCGGUCUAUAUAGAUUUUACCUGUGCGAGUGUUGACAUCACCUUUCUAAAUUGACACAUGGAUUUUAACGUGUUACUAAUGCUGUUUUACCGGUGGUAGCUUCCAGUUUGUAAAAAUGGAAUUAUGUCCAGAUUUUCGAGGCGGGAAGAAACCGUUGACGGACUGGCAUGGUGUCAUGUCGGACUUGUUUGGAGUGGGUCAGUAUUUCUGUGCGUUAUGGAGGGUUUUUAUCGGUGUUUUCUGCAAAAUAUCGAUCUUGUUAUACAGGAUGAAUACAAUGUGUUGUUAUGCCCCAAAAGCCGUGUUAUAUUCUAUAAUGGAGAAGUAUUCUAACUCAUGUUUUUAGCUAAGUUUUGGAAAAAAAAUUGUGAGAAAUUUUCAAAGUAGAUUUAUAUAUAUAUAACAUAUACUACAAAUGUACAUAUCUUAAACUUCUUUAAGCAGUACAUAUUUCCUUGUUGAAUAUAAGUCCUACAAGGAAAACAUAUUUCUUAAUCAUUUAGUAACUUUAUUUCGAACGUCUGACAGCAAAAAAUGUAUAGAAUAUUUCCCGCUAUCUUGAUCUUUUCUCGUCCUUUUAAAAUGAUAAUUAGAAUUCAUUCUGUAAAUUAGAAAUUAUUGAAAUAAUUAAAUGGGGUUUAAAUCAUAGUGUAUUUUUUCCAAACUCAUAUUUCAGAAAACACAUUAUAAGAGGUGUAGAGUUUCAUUUCAAGAUCGUAAACUGAAAAUAUGUCUAGGUUUUUGGGGGAAAAGGUAGAAGGAAAUCGCUAAGAAUGACGAAACUCUUCUCGUCGAAAUAUGAUAAUUUUCUAGUCCAAGUGUCGGACUGUCAUUCACUGGUAUCGAUGAACGGCAAGAGAUUGUUAUCGUGAUGUAUUUUGACUUAUGAUAGUAUAGUUUCGUAUGUCGGAGUCACCAUUAUUUCCCUUCUAGAAACUGCUCAAGUUUUUGUACAAUCGCUGAUAUUGGAUGCACAACAGCUUAUCCGAUCACAGAAGGGGCGGGGACUAGAAAUUCAUUUCUUUCUACUUUGAAGUGAUUGGAAUCUAUCAUGAUCAAAUAUUACAAAUAGGCAAUAAAUCAGACCUCUAACCUGUUUAAGAAUUCGAGGGGCAUAUAUUCCCACUGAUUAUUAAAUAAUUCAUGUAUUUCAAUGUUAUUGACCGACUCUCCAGUAAAUGAGAUCUUUUUAUCGAAGCCUGAUUUCUUUUUAUGACUUACAAGAUAUUUCGUUUAUUCUAAUUGGUGAAUUUGAUUCUCUUUACUUCCUGCUGUGAAUUGUGAAUAACAUUUCAUUGUUUAUUUCAUUUACAUUAAUUACGGAGUCUUUCAUCUAAAUAAUUUGUUUGUUUCACCUGAACUCCAGUCAGACCCAUCUGUCAAAUUUCCUUAAGCCGUAAUUGAUUACAGAAGAAAGUAAUCAGGUUUUAAUUCGUGUAGACUUGAUGCGAUUUACGAAUUUGAACUGGGUGUGAACAUGCAGAUUCCAAAAGCCCAGUUGAAGAUGGAACAGUAAGUUAAUACCAGCGGAAUAGAUUAACUCACAUAAAUGGCAUUCUGUCAGAAAAUAUUUAUCUAAUCCAGUUAUAAUACAAAGGAUUUAUAAUUGUUGUCAACUGCAUUCCAAUUCCUUUACAAAAUAUGGAUUUAUUCUUUAGAAGGUCAAUUAUGUAUUAAAUUUUCCAUUGUGACAAAAUUUCAGCAAUGCACUUAUUUGAUAUUUAUUAUGGUACAAAGUGAAACACCUUUUGGAAUGCUUGUAUUACGUGUGUAAUGCUAGUGUGGUUCUAAGCUUUAGGACUUUCUGACCUUAGCACAAAACGAGCAGAGAAAUUUAGACGAUUUCUUUGUGAAAUAAUUACACCCGAUUUACAGGCUCGACCUCGCGUCUCCAGUUUUGUAGAUAAUAUUGAGACUGUUUAUUUCAAAGAUUUAAUUUUUGCCUGUAUAUGGUGUAGGGGUAAUUGAAUUAACGAAACUUUUGACGUGCACGCUAACUUGCACUCCCACAAACAUAUAAGGUAUCGCCGAAGCUACAACACGCACUAUUCAAGGUGAUCAGAAAUUUACUUUUGAGGAUGUAAAGAUAAAGAGGCAAAAGCACAUCCUGAAAUAUUUAUGAAACUUUUUCGGCAAUAAGGGUAUAACUUUUCAGAUCAUAAAGUUUCGUGACGAAACCUUGUACCUUAAAAAAAUCUCUUUAGAAAUUAUGCAACUUUCAGAGGCGUAUUAUCGUCGCUGACUUUAGACUGGAAGUUUUGUGUUUUGAAUUAUCUGGGUGGAAGUGAUUUAAUGAUAGCCUUUAGAGCAGACCAGGUGUGUGACUCUCAAACUCGAUACAUAUUUCUGGAAUCAAUACCAGGUAAACUGUCAAUUUCAAAAGUUUAUAAAAUACGUUUUCCAGUUUUGUUAAAUAAAAAAUAGAAGAAAAAAUCAGCUAUUCGCCCCACACCUGCACGUAUUUGUUUCAAACUAUGGAUCGUAUGAGCAUUGCUUGGAAUUGUUUUGAUAUACUACACGCAGGAAUGGCUGGUGUCGGUUUAUUUUAGCUCACGAACUGCAACGCGGUUUUGCUAUACUUAUCUGGAAGGUAUACAAACCUGGAGAAAUUUGUCAAAAACCUACAAUUUGAAUCAUUGAUAAAAAAAAAAGCAACAGAGUGUCGACAUUGAUAACAAACAAACCAAUCACUACGACAGACCACAAAGCCAAUCGGUAGUUGUUGUAUAGUUAUCUAGCUUUUAAUGACUUGUCCCACAUCUAUCAUAUCUAUCUUAUGAUAGAAAACAACGAUUAGGCUAGAUAUGAAUUCCGUUGUCGAAGGACUUGAAAUCCAGGCUUAUGAACGAUUUAUCGAAUAGAAAGUCCCAAAAUGGAUAAAAACAGCAUUAUCUCGUUCCAUAAUGAAAAGCAAAAUGGACGGGGUAGCAGAAAUACUUUCAAAAACCAAAUUCCAUUGGAUAAUGAAAUGAUGGAUUACAUUGCCAAUAAAUCUGAAUAUCGAGACCCUGGUUUUUGUCAAAGACAACGGGAUCAUUUGUCGUUUAUUUCCACCACACACUAAUAACUGAAAGAUGUCAAAUUUAGUUAUUGUUGUGUGGACGUACACCUCGCGUAUAACCGAAACUUUGAAGUCGUCAAAUUUCAAGUAAGGCGACACAAGAGGAAGAGGUAAUUAAUUUGUGAAUGCAUAAUCCUCGAAAAGACCCGAAAGAAAUCUUCAUUGAGACUUUAAUAUUUCUUGAUAAUAUCAGAGGUAUUCAGACAAGAAGGAUGCACUUUUAACUGGCAGACAUAUGAUACGUCAAGCAGAAUUCGGCGAAACUAUUUUUUGACAAGCGAACAAGAACAGAAUAUUAUAAAUGGCGGUAUCAAAAUUUACAUUAAUAAUGUUCUCCUAUCUCAUUAUUAAUGUGGAAAUUUCGAACUUCAACCUUGAGAAGAACAUGAUUAUGGCACACCCGCCUAUUCGGUGUGUACUUGGAGCAGAAUGCAAGAAAGGGUCCGCCAUUGUGUUUUCUAGCGCUCCAAUAUUGACACAGACAUUGUUUCCUUUAUAUUGCUCUCAAUAUGUUUUAAUGCAAUCUUCGAAUUUGGUCCUAAUGGGUUAAUGGGUUUGUGUUCACUGAGCAAAUAGCGUGUAAGGAGUGAAAACAAGUGUUUCUGGACCGUGCAAGUAACGCCCUCUGCAAGGACUACCAAGAUAUUUUUAACCUGUCGGGGUCCUUUGUUUAAACUUUGCCAUUUCUGUUGAAAGUGCAACAUUUUGUUUGAAGGUACAUCGAUUCUUUUCAAGAACCUGUGUAAACAGGGAGUUUUCACGUGUUUCUCUUUUUGUUGUUUUUUUUUGUUACCAACGCCUUAAAAAAUGUUUUGUUGGCUGAGAUCUGAGAAAAUGUUCAGAUAUAAUGCCGGACAGGCCUUCCGAAUAUGGGAUUUUCAGGAAAUCGAAGGCUAUUUGUAGGAGAAGACUAAUAACCCCAAACCAUUAACGAUGUAUGUACAUAACAACACUGCUGGUCGUGCGACACUUUACACGUGGCGCCGUCCAUUAUUAUACCGUUACUGCUUAAUAAAUCACCGUCUAGAGAAUUAAUGUGCAAUAAGUGGCUUGCUUACAUCCCUCUGUAAACUCCACCAUUGUUAUAUUCACGUACCAGCGCCUCUCUCUUGUUGUUUUUUUUUUUUUUACUGUUAUGACUGAUAGAAACAACAGUGAUUUAUAAUGCUUUUGCAUUGGAAAUAAUCCGCCAGUUUUUCUCAUGACCAGCAAACAGUUACAUAAGAUAAGAGAUAAGAUAAGUUUAUUCCAAUUUUGGGCCCAGAGGACAUAACAGUAAGACAGUUUAUAAAGAAGGAAAUUCAAAAAAGAAAGAAAGUUUACAACAUUAACUACAGGUUACAUAGACUGCAAACUGCAUGUGGAUGCAGCAUGUUGGGGAAGCAAGUACAUACAUAUAUGAAUUGCUAAUCAUGUAUAUAUACAAGUACAUACAUUCAUAUGUACCACCUUUUAAUGCAAGACAAGAUAUAGAUCGGCAAUAACUUCCGGUGUUGUCCCAGCAACUCCAUGCGGAUGUUGACUUAAGUCUUUAAGAUUCCAGUCCAAAUAUUUUGUGGAAUUCUUUGACUACCAAAUCCUCAGGGUUUUGUGUAAUGAUAUCAUUGAAUGUUACUAUGUUUGAAUAUGGGAAGGGACGGUUGAAAGUAUUUCAUUGAGGAACACCCAUCUGUAAUCCGUUUUUGGAAUGUAAAUUGAUGUCAAAAUCCGAUGUUUUUGGCCUGAAUACGACUUACUUCUGUUUAAGUGAAUUUGUUAAGAUAACGGUAAUAGAAAUUUUCCGGCCGAUUACGCGAAGGGUAGACGGGUCCUGUCCUGGUGCAUUGUGCGGUUGGAAUCAGCGCGUGCACAAUAUUUGGUGGAAAGUUAAUUGAUUUAGAAUGGCAUCGGGUAUAAUACAAUUUUUUGCGGGUUACCAGUAAUUACAGAAAGUGAAAAUAUAUUGAAUAGCUCGUCAAUGAUCCGGUAAUACACCCGUGUUUACGUCACCAAUUCUAUAUUACUCAUCGAUCUGUAUCAUUCGAUUGUCACUGGAGCGAUUUUCUAUUUUUGAGGAAUUUAAACUUAUUCACUGUUGACAUAAAAGAUUACCACCCAAUUCAUAACACUUACCAUAAAUAAACUCUCCUGUCCUCUUUAGAAGAGUUUAUUGAUCGCGAGUAGAAGCCAGCCUGUCCCCGAGGACUGUAUUGUACAUGUAAACACGGGGGCCACCAAUUCAUAUGUAACUUGUGCUUAUUCGCCCAAAAUGUUGUUCGCAAUCAACCCCAGUCUGACGUUUUACUCGAGAGAUGUCCCUGACCGAUGGGAUCCGUCCAUGACCGUGGAAUCGGCCCAUGACUCGUCCUCGGGCUUCGCCUCGGAUGUGCCUAGUUAUACGUAUUCAGGAACAAAUAUGUCCACGUUUAAAGGAGGUAUGCGAUCGGACGCCAGUGACUCGCCUUUUGAACUCAAUUCUCGAAAAUACUCAGAUGCCAGUGAUUCUCCCUGUGAAACAUCCACACGAAAAACUCACCGGAACUUCACAAGUACCCCAAAACAACCAAACCACUACAACGCUCAUGACUUAAAUAUGCAUUACCGAAUGUCCACGCCCUCACCGCUUUCCUAUAGGUCAUCGUCUUCCAUAGGCACUCCGUCCUCGCUGUCACAAAUAUCUCAGAAGUCAUCACAACUUUCUCAUUCGAACACGUCCAACCAACAGCACCAUUCUCAUCUUCAACCACCACCAUACCCACAAACCCCUGUUAUCAGCUACAAAAACCCUGCUUACGAAUACCAACUAGACAAGCACAUGGAACAAAUACAGUACAAUAUCAAACGAAUUGAGCUACAGGAAGACUCUCACGUGACCAAAGGUAGCAAAUACCGACAUCACAAACCGUCCUUGUUCGAUUUGAUCACCGAUGACGUCAUCGUGAAAAUAUUUUCUUAUUUGUCCUCAGACCAACUGUGUAGGUCGUCACGUGUUUGUCAGCGGUGGUACAGGGUAGUUUGGGAUCCACUGCUAUGGAAACAAAUUGUGAUAAAUAGUGAACGUAUCAAUGUGGACAAAGCAAUUAAGUACUUAACAAAGCGUUUGAGUUAUAAUACUCCGACAGUCUGUGUUAUUGUGGAGAAAAUCAACCUGAAUGGGUGUGAAAAACUCACGGAUAAGGGACUGCAUUCGAUUGCCAAACGAUGUCCUGAGCUUCGGCAGCUGCAGAUACAGGGGUGCUCAAAUGUUACUAACCAUUCGUUGUUCGAGGUGGUGUCAUACUGUGUCAAUCUCGAGCAUCUAGAUGUUACAGGAUGUCCGUGUAUUACCCGCAUUAGCCUGACCCCACAGAUCAUGCAGCAGGCCACCGCCCACCAUUUGCGUCAGAUUUACCUCCGGACGCUGGACAUGACGGACUGCUAUGCUCUAGAGGACGAAGGUCUACAAGUUAUCGCCACUCACUGCAGUCAACUGCAGUUCCUAUAUCUCAGGAGGUGUGUUCGAAUAGGUGACGCCGGACUUCAGUAUAUCGCUCACUAUUGCUCAGGACUUAGGGAGCUGAGUAUCAGUGAUUGUAAAAAGGUUACUGAUUUCGGUGUGUGUGAACUGGCAAAAAUUGGGACCAAUUUACGGUAUCUCAGUGUCGCAAAAUGUGAUAAGAUAUCCGAUGUUGGAAUCAUACAGCUGUGUAAACAAUGCACAAAACUUCGCUACCUGAACUUGAGAGGAUGCGAGGCCGUAUCUGAUGACUCAAUGGACGUUCUUGCCAGAAACUGCUCAAAGAUAAAGUCCCUCGAUAUUGGAAAGUGUGACGUCACAGACGAAGGACUUUACGUUCUGGCUCAGAACUGUCCCCAGCUAAAGAAACUCAGUCUGAAAUCAUGUGACGCCAUCACUGACGCGGGAGUGAAGUUCGUGGCGAAAUCUUGUAGACAAUUGCAGCAAUUUAAUAUUCAGGACUGUCACUUGACAGUGGACGCUUACAGGACGAUUAAGAAGUAUUGUAAAAAGUGCUUUAUCGAACACACCAACCCUGGAUUUUACUAGUUCCAUCAUAUAGUAAUAAAAACUCCCUAUAUUUAUUACAGACCCCUGUUGAUUGUUACAUUUUUGAUUAAAUUAAAAUCAUAUAAACAUGA